CUAGUGCUUCGAGUCUCGUCCCACUUGUAUAAUCUAAAAAUUAAAACCCUAAAAUCGUUCGCUUCAUCACUUCCAGCUUCAAGGUGUAGUUCUUCCCUCAAGAUUUCUUGUGAUUCCGCUACGAUGGUAUUGAAGCAAACAGCAGUUCUCUACCACUAUCCAUGUCCUGAUGGUGCCUUUGCUGCUUUGGCAGCUCAUAUUUACUUCUCUACUUCCUCCGUUCCAGCUCUCUUCUUUCCCAACACUGUUUAUUCCCCUAUCAAAGCUGAAGAGCUUCCCCUUAAUCAAAUUGGUGAUGUGUAUCUACUUGAUUUUGUUGGACCCCGAGGUUUUGUCAAGCAGCUCUCCCCCAAAGUUGAUCGUGUGAUAUUAUUGGAUCAUCAUAAAACCGCUCUCGAGAUGCUAGUUGAUGGUGAGUUUGCGGAUGAGAAUGUGACGACGGUGAUAGAUAUGGGUAGGAGUGGGGCAACCAUUGCCUAUGAUUUUUUCAAGGAAAAGAUACUAGCUCGUGAAAAUGGAAAUAAUUUGAGUGGUUAUGACCUCGGGAUUCAUGAGUUGGAACGCUCUCGGAGGCUGUUUGAAUAUAUCGAAGAUGCAGAUCUAUGGAGGUGGCGUCUUCACAACAGCAAAGCUUUCAGCAGCGGUUUAAAAGAUAUGAACAUUGAUUUCAACGUAACGUUGAACCUCUCGUUAUUUCAGCAGUUGCUAUCUUUGGAUCUAGAACAUGUCAUAAAUCAAGGCAUGCUUAGCUUAUCUCCGAAGCAAGAUUUGAUCGAUGAAGUUCUUGAGCAAUCGUAUGAGAUUGUGCUUGACGGUGGAGCAUCUGGACAUUGCCUGGCUGUUAAUGCUGAUUCUGUGUCUGAUCUGAGGAGUGAGCUUGGCCACCAAUUAGCUGAAAAAAGCCGCAAUCAUAACUUGAGAGGCAUAGGCGCGGUAGUCUACAGAGUACCCGAGCUUGAAAACGACCAAAUCCUAAAAAUAAGUCUCAGAAGUAUAGGCAGCGAAGACACGACGUCCAUAUCACAGAAACACAGAGGUGGUGGCCAUCGAAAUGCAAGUUCGUUUAUGCUAAACUGUCAAGAAUUUGAGAAAUGGAAGGUAGGUUGUACCAACGGCUCACGGAAAAUGGUGGUCGUAAAGCAGAAACAGUAGCUAGCAAAUUUGGAUUCGAGACCGUAUGUUUUCACUUUGCCGUUAUGGGAGCAUGGAUGUUCUCUUAUCCAUGGGUGGUUCUGCUAAUUGAUAUUGUUGUUGUAGUGUAAAAAAAAUUACGACCCUUAACGGUGCUAGCAUUGCGAUUCGUUUGGUGCUACCACUGGGCAUCGUAGCCAAAAAAAUUGAGAGGCUACAGUGUUAUAUUUAAGUUUGAGUUUUAAUGGUUAACCAUGGUGGAACACAAAAACUCUUAACUGUAAAUCGUUGA